AUGUCAGACGAUCGUCAAGCAUUGUUCAACUUGGCACAAUUCAUGGCUGGUUUUUCUCAUGCCAGCCGAAUGAGAGGAAAUUCCAUGAAUAAUAAUAACAGAUCCAUGAUGAUGGACGAUGAUGAUUUUUUUAUUCCCGAUCACAUCAUUAAUCAAGACCAUCACACGAAUAGCAACAACAAUAAUAACGGCCGACAACGAAGAAUUAUUUUCAUGAACUCGGGAAAUCCGUUAUUAGAGAGUUUAGCCCUCCAAAACAGCAUGAUGAUAAAUCCAAGAAAUGAAUCUGCUGCUCUCAAUGAUGCCAAACAACUACCACGAGCUCAGAAUUUGGCCUAUGAUGAGGACCCCACGAAUUUUGUUGAUAAUCCCUACUCGAAAGAUAAAGUAGUAGAUACCAAAAUUUUAGAUUUGAGAAGAUUUGUAUAG